AGCCUGCCUCGAGGCUGGCGGCCGAAGCGGCGCGGGCCAGGGCCGCCGGGCGCCCCCCUCGAGGCCGCGGCCGGCCGUGCCGCGCGCCGAGUGCCGCCCGAUGCCUCGGCGGCUUCUGCCGCCCGGGCAGGCCGUAAAUGUCUGGCGGUGGGGCCUCGGCCGAGCCGCCGCUGCUCAUCGCGGGCGGCUACGGCGCCGAGGUCCGCUUCCUGGACGCCGCGCGAGGAGACGUCGUGCACACCAUCGCGCUCAAAGACUUCGGCCACGUGAACCGCAUCAGCGUCGCGCCCGGGGCGAAGCAGGUGGCGAUCGCGGGGAACCCGCACUUGCACGCCUACGCGGCGCGCGGCGCCCCGUCCGCCAGCCCGGUCUGCCGCUACGAGGGGCACAAGGGCAACGUGACGGCGGUCGGCUUUGACGUGAGUGGCAGCUGGAUGUACUCUGGCUCGGAGGACGGCACUAUCAAGG